UCUACAUUUCUUUACAUAAGUGACAUGUUAUAAAAUAAUUCCAGCCUAGGUUUCGUUUGUGGUGUCUAUUUGCGUGUCCCAGUAUAUCAUAUUACACUAGCAUUCUUAUCCAGAGAUUAUUCCAACAUGUCAUAUCUACCGUGGAUAACCCAUAUGGUGCGCUGACAUCACUAGUAAGAAUUAAUCAAGUGACGUGUGCUGAGCUCUAGCGUGCAUUAAUGUAAAAUAAAUAUCAGCUGUGUGACAUUUUAUUCAAUGGAAUGUUGGUGUUGUGUAUAUCUUCACCGGUCUGAUUUUCAGAAGAUUUCAGUUGUCUUGUUACUUAAAUAUUUCUGAACGAUAGGGUAGAGACCGAGCUCUGAGCUAAAAUACGUAAAGCAAAAAUCAGCAUUUUGCUGGUUCCUGCUUGUUAGCAUCACUAGGUAGACUGAAAUUUCGAUGGAGCGUGUUUUCCAAGCAGUACCAGCAGACCUUCGUAUGAAGAUGGAAGCUCUGGUCCAAGAUCUGACCAACGCACUGGAGGAAUCUUCACGUUUGUCAUCUCGUCGGCGAUGGGGUCUUCGGAGACGUGCCCGAUCUACAGGGAACCUUCCUGCAGCCUAUCAUAAAACCUUGAGCGAUGAUUCCAGCAGUAGCAUAGGAGAACUAAUGCUUUCCCGUGAUAAAGGCCUCUCUAGCUUACAUCAGAGUGAUUCGGACGAUGUGACGUCAACGGGUGUCUACCGUCAGCUUGCGCCACUGACUCGUAAAACUCGCCCGGUUAUUCAUCUUCAUGGAAAUAUUGAAUCAGAUUCAUUCAAUGAGAAUUUUUCACCAGUUCACCCUAACACACGGAGGAAACGUAAAUUCAAGCGAAUGGCAGUGGAUCCAGUAGAAUUAGACAAUCCUUCCACAUCACAUGCUGCAGUACCUGUAAUACCAUUACCCAGCGGAAAAAAGAAGCGAGUCGUGAAACAUUCACCCAACUGUGAAAACAAGUACAGCAAUCUUCUGUGUGGAAAAAGGAAGCGUAGUACACGAGAGAGAAGUGUCGACUGCGAAAGACCCUCUGCGGGUGGUAGAUCCAAAACUUCGCGGAUUCUUGCCAUUCACAAGAUGAGUCUGAGUAGUACAGAUGAGAGUCACAUGGAUUUUGAUUCUGCUUCAGCCACCCACUGUGAAAUCAUGAGCAGUAGCAGCUUAAGUAGUUCAGAGAGUGACACUGGGAUAUAUACAAAUGACGAAGGACGAGAAGGCGAUGACGAACAAAGUGACUGGUGGGGUGGAGAUGCAGGGUCAGUGUGUGGCAAAGGCCUCUGGGACGAAGACGAGGGGGACCAGACUUCAGGGAAUUCGCAAGGGGGUGCCGACAAGGUAACAGAUGCAGAUGAGGAUAGUGACCCUGCUUUCCACGCAAUUCUUACCGGAAGUUUUGAGCACCUUUCCGAAGAGGCAAAGCAAGCUUAUCGUGUUCACAUGCAGUGGAUCAGAGAAGGGCUGAAUGGACGAGAGAUUCGAGCGGGUAGAAGACGGAUACGUGGCGAGAGACCGGGGUUUAGCAUCGUCACAUCAGCAAAUGAGAAGUUGUCUCGUUUCCUUCAAGAUCCCGGUCAGUCCGAGCUGAGGCUUCACCCAAUGCAGAAACAGGAACUAGAUCAGCUAUGCCACUUAGCAAACCUUUACUCUCUCCAAAUGACAAGUGACCCAAACCGCCGGACCUGCGCUGUUCUUACCAAAACCAGGAACACGAUGCAGGCUGUCCGUGUGGACCAAGUUCGUCUCACAAGGCUACAAGCUCGACUUCAUCAUCUCAGUGACUUCAAGAGAAGGCGGAAGAUGCCUCCUGGCACCGGAGCCUCAAACAUGUCAUCACAUCCUCCUCUAGACGUAGGGAGUUCCGCACUGCCAAUUCCUGAGACUAACCUCGGGAAUCAGAUGCUCCGUGGGAUGGGCUGGGAGCCUGGUACUGGGCUCGGUGCACAAAGUAAUGGCAUCCAGGAGCCAAUUGUAGCAGCAGUCCGCCCAAAAUAUGUUGGUCUCGGCCACAAUCCAAACUACAAAUCAAGUUGAAAAGUUGAUUGGUGAUAUUGGUGUAUAUGACUUAAUUCAUAAAUGUUGAAAAAGCUAAAAAAUUAGCUUUAAAGGAUAAAUUGAAAAUGUUUUAUAGGCAGAUAAGAAUGGCACUAAAUGUAAUCAUGUCAUAUGUAGAAAGUUAGAUUCCGUUCUCUCGCUGUCUCCUCUCCCUCCCUGUAAUGAGACUGUUUUGCUCAAAGGACUUUUGUAUUCAUAUUAAUUUAGAUAUUGGUUUUAAAUUCUGAUUUAAAUGUAAUACGGAAAAUGAAAUUUUUGAAGACAAUCUCGUCAGUUGUUUAUAUUAAGCUGCUGUCAGACUGAAAUAUUCUCUGAUGAUUUUGUUGGAUACAAUAUAUUAUUAUACUAUCUCAUAUCAUGGAACAGAGUGUUUCGUGAUCAGCUUUUAGUCAGUCAGCUAGUAAAGAAAUUCCCUGCCUUUUAUGUUACCAAAAAGUUCAUUACUAUGUCCACAAGGGCCCAUCAUUUUACUUUUAAUUACUCGUAAUGUUUUUUCCCUCCUCAUAGUGAAAGAACAUCCUUUAUCUGAAGCUUACUGCUGUCCGUAGGUGCCCUGUAGCGGCUUGGGCACUCAUUGAACGAUUUCAACGAGUGCUGAGCACCUCCUCAACUUCCCAUCCGUACAGUUGAAUUUUUAAACCAUUUCCCCAUAAUUAUUUUUGAAUCGUCAUACGUAGGUACUCAUUUGAGCCUGGAAAAUAUUUUGUUGAUUGUAUAAAGCGUGCCAUAAUGUUUGUUGUCUCCACGCUUUUGAUGGGCAGUGGAGCCAGUUGAGUUGCAUGUGGUCAGUUUUGUUUCGGCUAAGGAGAUUCUUCAUUCUGUUGUUUGUUUGUUUUUCUUUCUUUCCCCGAUGGCCCUUUGUUAGCUGCAUUUUGAUUCCUUUGAGAUUGUCUCCUGGGGGAGUUUAUAAUGCGAAACUGAGCACCUUCUGAAAUUUUGGAGUCAGUGCCCGAGCUACAGUCAGCAUGUCAGCAAAAGAAUGUGAUGAUAAAUUUUGGAAACAGUAAGCACAGGUCUGUCAGAAAUAAACUUCCGUUAUGUUAGCUGCUUCAAGAAGUUAAUUUAUGCCGUGCUGGAAUCUGACGGGUGGAGAGCUGACAGAACUAACCCUCACAUUGUACUUUUGAAGUGAGAAUUUUGUAUGCUUUCUUUAUCAUCUAAAUUCUUAAGCUGGAAUAAGUUGCGUUUAGAAACAAGUUGCACAAGAUAAACUUAUUUUGAAGUCACCUAUUUUCCCAUUAAAUUAUUAGAAGUACAGAUGUUGGAAAUAAACUCGUAGACGUUUACUUUAUCUGGAAAUGUGCAUCAUUGUACCACAAUUUUUGUAUUGUAUAUUAUUUUUUUUUAAAAAAAAUUGUUAUGCUGCUGACAAGAUUAACUUUUAAGGUUUGCAGCACAUUUCAUCAGUGUCAUUGCUUCCUUCCUAUAAAAUGUUUUACUCAUUACAGACUGCCACAUUUUUCUCUUUUAUGCGCCACAACUUUUAACUUUGGUUAAAUAUAACUGAAGAAUAUAUGAAUAUCUUAUUCUAAUCAAGGAUUUCUCAUUGAGAAUUAAUUAUGUAUGUCUCCUUUUAAGUAUUUUAAAAAAGACUUGUUUAUGUAUUGGGGUAAAAACAAAGCAAAUAAGUGUAUUGCAAAUGUAAGUUUUAUAUGACGAGCGAGUAAUUUGAGAUUUUUAUUUGCAUGAAGUCGUUAAUUCCCCAUUCUGUGGAACUAACGGUGUUGCAGUGAGGAUAUUAAAUACCGUGUUUUAAUUUGUUUAUUUAUAUUUUAAAUAUUUUAUUAUUAGAGCAGUAUCUUUGUAUAUAAAUGUAUUAUAAUAGGUACUCAUUGAAUUCAGACUGUAUCAACUUGGUUUUCUCCAUUAUAUGGUGAAAGUAAAUUAUUAUUAUUUAAGUGAUGAUUCUUUAGCGUGAAUAAAUAAAAGAGUCAUCUUAUACACACUUUUAUAGAGUUUUAUAAUUAUCAAGUAUUACAAAUAAUAAUUACACUUAAAAUGUAUUAAUCUGAGAUGAAGCUACUGAAUGGUGAUGCUUGUGUAGUAAUGAAGUAUUUUUCAACAAGUUUUGAAUGUUUAUGAAGGUAUUUAUAUUUGUAAAAUAUAUUUUAAUAUAAUUUAACUGUACAUGUAUUUUAUGUAUGAUCUGUAUAUAUAUAGUAUACAUUAUUUGCUGUAGUGUUUACUGCGUUCAUUGUAGGAGUGCCCUUUUCAGGUAAGGGAGCCACUGAUUGUUGUUGUCAGUCUGUCGGCAGCUGAGGAGUUGCGGACAAAGACUCAGUGACUCAUGUUAUUUCUUUGUACAGCCUGAUAGAGAACAUCAGUCACCUUGAUGGAUCAUUUUUAUGGUUUCAGUUGCCAUUGUGAGUGUAGUUACUGAUGAGGCAUUUUUAAUUGAUACUAGAUUGCAUAAUGAUGAACAGUUUUAAUUGUAAUUGUUAUCUGUGAUAGCUGAUGACAGUAUUCUGUCAAUAUGAUUGUAAAACUGUAAAAAAUGUGUGUAUAAGGUGAGUGUUUUAUUUAUUCAGUGACUUAUUUUGAUUGUGUUUCUGCCUUUAUUAUUUUCAUUUAAUUUUAGUGAGCUUUUUCGAAUUAUGAUUAAGCAAAUGGACCUAAUUAUGAGAAACAAUUCAAUUUUAGUGUACUAGAUAGUCGAUUUUGAAAUAUUUAAUUGUUUUAGACUUUGUGUCAUUUUUUACAAAAAAACAUUAAUUGAAUGAGUAAGGGGGACAAAUUCAUUAAAAAUAGACUUUUGUUUUAACAUUAUCCAUAUUAUUAUUAAAUAUUUAUAUUACUUGCUUUCUGUUUUUUAGUUUUAAAUCUUAAAACUUCCAGCAGCCAAUGAAAUGAAUGUGUGAAUGAUUUAUGAGAUGUAAAAAAAAGCUCCUGUUAAUGUAGGUUAAACUCAAUUUUACAUUACUUCAAAAAAUCCCUUAAAUCGUUUACUGUGGUAACUUGUGAAUUAUUCUGUAAGUACUCUCGUCACGUUGUCAUACAAAAUGAAUAUGAUGCUUUGACCAUCCAUGACAUUGGUUGAAGUUGACGUCUUUAUCAGUUCGUGAUUCACCGUCUUCCUUUCAUUGAUAUAUAGUUUGAACUACUCUAAGAACCAUUAAAAACUAUCCUUAAAUAUUACCUCGCUGUUCAUUGGGUGUUACAGAACUUGUUUAUUUUUUUGUUUUUAUUUUAAAUAUUUGCACAGCAUUUUUCCUUCCAUCCUUUUCCUCCUCAGUUCAGUUAGGAUGGUGUAUCAUAACUGAUGUUAAGUAGACGUCGAUGUACGACUUCUUGACCGAUGCAAAAAUUGGAACAGUGAGAAUGAAUAGUUCGCAAUUUACAAGUCAAGGAUUGAUAUAUGUGGUGAUCUCAUAAGCUUGUUUCUCUUAGAAAAGUAGUUUAUAUAAGUCCAAAUAAAAGCAGGAAUAUACUCUGAUGAUAUAACCUCUGCUUCGAAAAGGUUGUGAUUUCAAACAUAUAUGAAGUGGUAUCAUCCUUAUGACUGAUUUUAUUUUACCAGAUUUAAGGUUUAAGGAAUGUUUGUGGAAAGGUCUGGGCAAGAUUUUAAUUUUUACGUGUUUUUUUAUUUUCUUUAUGUUUGUUUUAACAUAGACUCCUAACAUCUUUAUCUUUUUUUUAACAGAAUAAUAUAUAUUAUACCCACAUUUGACAACUGGUUUAUGAAGGUUUACGUAAUAGUGAAAUCAGGUUUAUGUUUGCUCAGUAUUGUAUUUGGUAUUAACUCUGUUUGUAGACACAUGUAAUGGGUGUGUGUGAAACAUUUAUCUGUCAUUUUAAUAUAUAUGAAUUCAAUUGAAUUUCUUGUAAAUUGAUUUAUGAUAUAAUUUACCAGGUACUGAUACUCGGUUCUUCUCGACUGUGGGAUGUGAAGUGUAUCGAGGAAAAGAUUAUUAUUGAAAGAGGGAAUGUGAAUUUAUUCUCUUGGCAUGGAUCAGUUGGUAGCAUUGGAAUGUUUUCACUUUUUCGUCAGGUGUGUUGCCUGUAUUAUGGGAUCGUACUGAGCAGUGUGGAAGUUGGAAAUCAUAGGUGGAAUUUCCGUGGUUUUAUCUCAAGAAUGUGGCAUUUCUUAAUCUAUAUUAAUAUACGGAUAAUGAAGGGCUUUCAUAACAUCGUCUGUUCCUACAGUCAAAAGUGUCGAUGUGGAUUCUAAUAAAAACUGAUUUUGUUUUGAAUAAUCUUUUGUUUACACUUAGUUUUUAAUUUAUUAUAGUCAAAAUCAAGAUUAUAAAAGCUGUUUAGCAUGAAACAAAAGUAACAUACUGUUUAUCAGAAUUGCCAUGUUGCUUUGUAUGAGAAAUCAAGGUGAAAUUUUACUAUAAUUUGGUAUAAAAAUUGUCAUAAUAAUAAGCAGUUGGUUGUUUGAAUAUUUCAGCAUGGACACAAACUGUACAGUGAUCACUCAUAUUAAUAAUAAACAUUUGCUGACAGGCAGAAGAUCACAAAACAAACAUUUGAAAGUGUACCGGUUCAAAGGAUUUUAUAAGUAAUUUUUCUUAUAUAUACUGUGAGCCCUAAUGUGGUUACAUGGCAGGUUACAAGCUUUUUUCUGUAUUUGAAAUUGACAGAUGAAUGUGAGCAUUACAUGAAAGAUGUUACAGUCCAGUGUCUCUUUCAGAAAUAAACUAAUCCAAAUGUUUCACAUUGUAGCCUCAUCAUUAUCACAGGAAAUGCAUUGUGAAUGUUAUCUGUAAGUAUCUAGAAGAUGAAUAACAAAAAAUAAACAACAAAUUACAUACAUAAAUACAUUACAAUCAAAAUUGUUGUGUUAAGGGUCAUUUUUGGCUUCAAUUUUAAUCAUAAUUUUCAAAAUAGGGCUAAAAUGUGUCCAUGGGGACUAUCACAGUGUUAGGUUAUGUACAGAUAUUGCAACUUUUCUGUAAGAUACUUUUUGGUAUAUUUAAGAAUUAAUUACUUUAAUUCCAAAUUCAGUGUUUGCCUUGUUUUUGGAAUUAAUUAUAUUAAUUCCAAAUUCAGUGUUUGCCUUGUUUUUGGAUAAUGAAUUUUCUUGUUUAAAAGGUGCCUGCAUAAAAACCUUUACCAAUGAGUGUCUUCCAACUUCGAGAAAUGUUCUUCAUUUUAAGGCUGACACAUUCUUGUUUAGUCUUCUGAUAUUAUUAUUACUUUGGGUUGAUUCAAGGGCUUUGUUCUUACAUGAAACUAAGUUAACAUCCUUUGGUCAACCCAAAACAUUCUUAAUUUACAUCAUGGUCUUGUGGAUUCUGACAUACGUAAUCUUAUAGAGGUUAUCAACAUUUAAAAGGAACCUUUUGCCUCCAUUUUCACUUUAAAUUGAAUAAAGGUGGAAGCAGGUUUUCAUCUGAAAUGUUGGUAACCACCUGCCAGACUGUAUGGUGUGACAACCAAGAAGACUGUAUUUUGGAUUCUGCCUGCUGUCAAAACAAUCUAGGUAUGUGUAUAAAUUUCCUGUUCGCCACUGUGAAGGUUAAGGCAGUGAAGAAUUAUUGCAGAUUCCAUUGCUACAUUGGCCAUGCUCCCUAUAGGAUAUUUCACAUUCAAGAACAAAUCUUGAUAUCUUUAUGAUAGUAAGUGGCUAAAUUCGUGCCUCCGCUGUUAAUUAGCUUAAUUUACAGUGCAUCGUCAUGCAGGACAGUAUUUAACAUAGAAAUUCCCGAGAUGUUUGCACACCAAUGACGUAAUACGUAGCAAUAAAAGAACAUAUGCAUCAGUUUGUAAUAGAUAUCCUUCCUGUAUGUAUGCUGAGUAUGUUUAAUAAAAAUUCAACUUUAUUUUAGUUAUUAUGUCACAGUGUAAGAUCUUUCUGUGUUGAAUAUAUUUUGUGCGUGCAUGUGCUUAUGUUUGUACAUGUACUCACUGGAAUGACCGUGCAAAUUAGGUUAUGUUAUCACAUUUCAGUUUUAUGAGUGUAAAUUUUCUUUGAAAUAAAAUGUGUAUUCUUAAUGUUUGCAGAGGUUAGGUAUGACAAUUUGAUCUGAUGGAUAUUAUUGUAUUGUGGUAGACAAUAUUGAUAAAGGAUUUCUUGUUUAA